AUGGAGCUAAUCAUUUUUAUGGUGAUGGUAGUAGUGUUGGUUUUAGUAGUUUUAGCAGUCUUAAUAAGAACACGGACUUCUCCAAAAGAAAUGGAAGCAAUUCCAGGUACCUUGGGAUGGCCUAUGAUUGGAGAGAGUCUCUCUUUCAUAUCCGAAUUCUCGAGCCCUGCUGGUAUAUACAGCUUCAUCAACAAGAGACAGAAAAUGUAUGGGAAGGUGUUUAAGAGUUAUGUAUUAGGAAGGUAUACGGUAUUCAUGACCGGAAGAGAAGCAAGCAAAAUCUUGUUGACAGGAAAAGAUGGGAUAGUAAGCUUAAACCUGUUCUACACAGGACAGCAAGUGCUUGGACCUACUAGCUUGCUCCAACAGACAGGAGAGGCGCACAAACGACUCCGAAGACUAAUUGCUGAACCACUUUCACUUGAUGGACUAAAGAAGUAUUUUCAGUUUAUCAAUAGCUUAGCUAUUGAAACAUUGGAUCAAUGGUCUGGAAGAAAAGUCUUGGUCCUUGAAGAAGCUUCCACAUUCACACUCAAGGUGAUAGGCAACAUGAUAAUGAGCUUAGAGCCAACUGGUGAGGAACAAGAGAAAUUUCGUACCAAUUUCAAGAUUAUUUCUGGCUCUUUUGCUUCUUUACCCUUUAAGGUCCCGGGAACUGCCUUUUAUCGUGGCAUUCAGGCUCGUGAUCGAAUGUAUGCUAUGUUAGACUCGAUAAUUGACCAACGGAGGAGUGGGAAAAGCUUAAAACAAGAUUUCUUGCAAUCCCUGGUGAAGAAGCAUGGCAAAAAUGACGAUGACAAACUCACUGAUAAACAACUGAAGGAUAACAUAUUGACACUGCUAGUUGCAGGCCACGAUACUACAACUGCUGCUUUGACAUGGCUCCUCAAAUUUCUUCAAGAAAAUCCUGCUGUAUUGGAAAGACUAAGGGAGGAACAUAGAGAAAUCCGAGCUAGACAACAAAGCACAUUAGAUCUCACCUGGUCCGACGUCAACAAUAUGCCUUACACCGCCAAAGUAAUUAGUGAAACACUUCGAAUGGCCACAAUCCUGCCGUGGUUUUCAAGAAAAGCAGCACAAGAUUUUGAGAUUGAGGGGUGCAAAAUCAAGAAGGGAUGGUCUCUUAACUUGGAUGUAGUGUCUAUCCAUCGCGACCCCAAGAUUUUUCCUAAUCCUGAGAAGUUUGACCCCUCUAGAUUUGAUGAACCUCUAAAACCUUUCAGCUUCCUUGGAUUUGGAAGCGGACCACGCAUGUGUCCUGGAAUCAACCUGGCCAAACUGGAAAUUUCUGUUUUUCUUCACCAUCUUGUCUGCAGAUACAAAUGGACACCAUUAGACACAGAUGAUUCUGUCCAGCCAACACUUGUCAGGAUGUUGAAGAACAAGUAUCCAGUCAUGGUUGAGACACUUUAGAUAAUGUCGUUUACAUUGUAUUAGAAGAAGAAGAAACACAAUAGCAUUUUCAGAUUUGUAGGAGAAUGUAAUAGCACAAAUAAGGAAAAGGUGCUAACUCCUGGUUCCAGUUGACUCACUAAGUAACCAAGGAGUUGGAAUUGUUCCUAAAUAUCCAUUGUUAAACUGAAAUAUAAAGUAUGGAAUUAAAUAUUGGCGGUCUAACAAAGUGAGAUAUUUUAAAGUUCAUAGCAAGUACUUGCUGAAACGUAUAUUUUCAUCUAGCCCCAAAAAAGGGAAGAGGAAGCACAUACCAAAAAAAAAAAAAAAAAAUCCAUCAGCCCCUCUUGGCUCCACCAAAGAAGGUAAGGAAACGUAUAUUUUCUCAGCAUGGUUAAAAACUUUUAAAUCCAAUACUGUAAUUUCUUGGUAGGACUUGACUGACCCAAAAUAUUGCAGUCAUAACCCGAACAAGUUUCUGGAAAACUUGUCGACAUCGAAA